AUGGCCACCCCAACCACCAACGAGAGCAGCAUGGCGACCGCCGACAUCCUCGAUGGCGCACACUCGAAGCUGCGUCGCGCUUUUCCAUUCAUGAAUGCAUCGGGCACCGACAGCGCCGUCGCAGAGAUCACACAACAGCUUCAGGACAGGCUCAAAAUGCUAUUCAGCUUCAACAAGCUACCCGCCGAGCUACGUGUUCGCAUCUAUGAGCUCGUCCUGGCCAAAGACGAAGAUGAGCCCUUCGAGGUUCAGAGCUGUGUAAGCGAUGACUGUCAUCGCCGUCCGACUCAGCACACAAGACAAUACCACUUACCACCAAUCCUCCACGUCUCACGCCAAAUCCGUCAUGAAGCAGGCCCAGUCUUCUACAACAAUACACCGUUCAUCGCGACCCUCUACAAUCAUCAGUCGCCACAAAAGGCGGUCAACCAGUGGUUGAAGGUGAUCGGUAAGAACCAGGCCAAGGAAAUUAACAACCUACUCAUCCGGUUCCCCAAGGGUGGCUACAGCUGGACGGACGAAGAGACGUCCAACAUGAUGGAGCAGCCGGGAGCUGAGGAUGCCGACUUCUUCCGUGCUGUGACUGCUUUCCGCAGCGUCAAUACCUUGACAAAGAGGGCUGUUUGCGAAGCGCUGCAACUUGGCAAGCAUGGGUUGGCGGACGACAAGAUCAAGGUGGCAUAUGAGGAGUUGUUUGGUGGGUGCGAGUACUUUGAAUGA